AUGUCCUCGUCUGAAUCUCUUGAUCAGUCCGGUAGUAUCGUCAAGCUCUCCAACGAGGACGCUCGGACCGAGCAGGCAUUGGCGCAGACAGAGUUUCAAGACUGCUUGACUUGUCGAAUCAUCGGGACUGGAGCACUGGCUGGCGUCGGAAUAUAUGCGCUCAGAAUGUCUCGAGCUGGCGCCCCUGGAUCGCCAGUGGGGAAGAGAAUCAUGGGAGGGGUUGGUAUAGGUUUCCUGAUCGGCAGCUACUUCCGUUGGACGAUGUAA